AUGGGCCGAGCAGAGAAAGGAUGCCCUAUUUGCUACCACAAGCUCCCUCGCCCUGGCGAGGUGCUGGAGCCCUAUGAUGAGGAGCUCAACUACUUUAUGUGGAUCCCGGGUUUUGAGUGGAAACCCAAGCCAGCUGCUGAGCAAGAUGCGUAUGAGACAGAGAGCUCAGAAGGCGAGGCGGACGAGGACAUGGAGGAGGCAUUGAAGGAGAUGGUUGAGAAUGACGAGAUGAAGCAGAAGUACAACGAGAGAGCUUCAGGGGGAAAAACGUAG